AUUGUGCCCCGCUGCUGCCGAACCGCCCGCCCGCCCGCCGCCCGUUCGGCGCGUCAGUAGGCGAGAGUCCGGUGGUGGGUGCGGAGCCUGUGGCCGUUCCCGCGGCCUCCUCCUCCUCCCCUCACCCCUCACCCCCAUCCCAUACCCCCUUCCCCAUCCCGGCUCCGUCACCCUCCCGCCCCCCCACAUUCAGGACAAGAAUGCCCUGCCCGGAACAACCUAGCAGCGCCUAGAUGGCUUUGGUCACGGUCCAGCGGUCGCCUACCCCCAGCACCACCUCCAGCCCCUGCGCCUCGGAGGCAGACAGUGGGGAGGAGGAAUGCCGGUCACAGCCCCGGAGCAUCAGCGAGAGCUUUCUAACUGUCAAAGGUGCUGCCCUUUUUCUACCACGGGGAAAUGGCUCAUCUGCACCAAGAAUUAGCCACAGACGCAACAAGCAUGCAGGUGAUCUCCAACAGCAUCUCCAAGCAAUGUUCAUAUUACUCCGCCCAGAAGAUAACAUCAGGCUGGCUGUAAGACUAGAAAGUACUUACCAGAAUAGAACACGCUAUAUGGUGGUGGUUUCAACUAAUGGUAGACAAGACACUGAAGAAAGCAUCGUCCUAGGAAUGGAUUUCUCUUCUAAUGACAGGAACUGGGACUGCUUGGAAACUUCACUUGAGCCUUCCCCUAGAGAUACAAGGCAACAACUUCAGAUUCUCCUGACCCAGUGUGUGAAAAAUCAGAUGUGUAAUCUUAUCCUCAGUGAACUGUGUCUAUCUUCAGUAAUGGUCCUGCCUGAAUCUUAUCUAACAAAUGAAAAUUUCAAAUUCCUGCCUAAGAAAAAUCACCAUUUCUCUCUUCUCAGACCAACUGAACGUGAGCGAACAGAAAGAUUAAUUAAAACCAAAUUAAGGGAGAUAAUGAUGCAGAAGGAUUUGGAGAAUAUCACAUCCAAAGAGAUACGAACUGAGUUGGAAAUGCAAAUGGUGUGCAACUUACGAGAAUUCAAGGAAUUUAUAGAUAAUGAAAUGAUAGUGAUUCUUGGUCAAAUGGAUAGCCCUACACAGAUAUUUGAGCAUGUAUUCUUGGGCUCAGAAUGGAAUGCCUCUAAUUUAGAGGAUUUACAGAACCGAGGGGUACGGUAUAUCUUGAAUGUCACUCGAGAGAUAGAUAACUUCUUCCCAGGAGUCUUUGAGUAUCAUAACAUCCGAGUAUAUGAUGAAGAGGCGACGGAUCUCCUGGCUUACUGGAAUGACACUUACAAAUUCAUCUCUAAAGCAAAGAAACAUGGCUCCAAAUGCCUUGUACACUGCAAAAUGGGGGUGAGUCGCUCAGCCUCCACUGUGAUUGCCUAUGCAAUGAAGGAGUACGGCUGGAAUCUGGACCGGGCCUAUGACUACGUGAAGGAGAGGCGAACAGUGACCAAGCCCAACCCCAGCUUCAUGAGACAACUGGAAGAGUACCAGGGGAUCUUGCUGGCAAGGUGAGUCCUUCAGUGACUUUCUGAGAUUUUCCCUCCGUUACGCUCCCUGGGGCAAGAUAAAAUGUCCUUCCCUGCAGCUAUUUCUCAGCCUAAUCUGGAUGUGUGAUACAUUUUGAAAAUUGAAAUGUCUGUCAAUCUAGAUUUUAAAAAACAAGUACAAGCAUUUAAGAAUAGUAUGGAAGGUCAGGUGUUUAAACUAAAGACAUUUAAACUAAAAGGUGGACAUACUGUUCUCUUACUUUCCCAAGUAGGUUCUGAUUAUCGUAAACAUUUCUCAACAUCUUCUAAGGCCAGAUACAGCUGCCUUAUCAAAAUGGAUACUUAUUGAUCCCAAAGGAAUGCUAAGCAUAGAUGAAGUUGUUAGAAAAUUUUUUGGCCUGUUCUGUAAAAGAAAAUAAAAUUUAAGAAGCACGUGGUGCUGUUUUAAGCAUCAUUUUUUAUCAGUGCUUGGUUUCAGUGAGCCUUCUCCAAAAUUUUGGUCAUAUGACAAAUCAGAUUUGGGGUAUGAAGGCACUUCCUGGAAAUAACUCUCUUCUUUUAAAAAUCUUUUAAUCUUUUUAUAUAUAUGUAUAUAUAUGCUUUGCAGAAAUGCAGAAAACACAGAGAGAAAAAUCAUUUAUAAAUUCAAUACCCACAGACAGUAAUCGACAUUAUCUUGCAUGUU